AUACGAAGAUAGAAAUUCCUCGUGCAAGUUCAGCGCGAACGAUUCCGCGAAAGCAUUUUCUUACCUCUCUUUUGAUGAUGGUCGUGGGUACUAUAAGUAGUUCGUGAAUUUCGUCAGAGUAAUAUUGCAAGUUUUAUAUUAGAAAAGCUAUGAUGUCUAAAGCUGCAAUGGGCCUUGCCGUCGGCAUUGCCGGAAUUUUUGUUGGUUACUGCUUUUAUUUCGAUCAGAAGCGCCGCAGCGAUCCUGAUUUCAAAAAGAAACUCCGCGAACGUAGACGAGCUAAGAAACAAGCACAACAAAAAGCUUCCACAAAGAUUUUAGAUUUAAGAGAUCAUGAGAUGGUGCAGAAAUUCUUUUUGCAAGAGGUACAACUUGGAGAAGAAAUGCUUGCUUAUGGUGACGUAGAUAGUGGAAUUGAACAUUUGGCUAAUGCAGUAGCAGUAUGUGGCCAACCGACUCAGUUGUUACAAGUUUUGCAAAAGACCUUGCCGCUGCAAGUUUUCCAAACUCUAGUACAGCGAUUACCAACGGUGGGCCAGAAACUAGUAAUGCAAACUCAGAUGGCAGAGGAGGAUGUCGAAUAAAUUAAUAUAAAAUUUCAUUGACAAUUCUUGAAUAAAAUUCGACGCUAGUGAAAAGUC